AUGUCCACUUUCAACAACCGGCGCCAGUCUGGCGACAUUGAGGACAAGGCUCAGAUCGACAUGCUCGAGACCGCCUACGAUGCCGAAGCCGCUUCCAUCAACGAGAAGGUCCUUCCUCAGGACAAGGUCGACUACUCUGGCUUCGCCCAAAAGACCGACCCGCGCGAGAUCAAGCUCGUCCGCAAGCUCGACCUUUACAUUAUGACUUCGCUGUGGUCCAUGUACUGGCUCAACUAUCUUGACCGCAACGCCAUCGCUCUCGCCAAGCUAUCCACCCUCGUCCAGGACCUCAACAUGACCGAUGUCCAGUACCAGACCUGCGUCUCGAUCCUCUUUGCCGGCUACGUCAUCUUUGGUAUCCCCUCCAACAUGCUCAUCACCCGCGUCAAGCCAAGUCUCUUCUUGUGCUGCAUCAUGAUGACUUGGGCCGCCAUCUCGAUCAGUACGGCCUUUUCGAAGAAUUUUACCGGUCUCCUCGUCACUCGCUUCUUCCUCGGUGUUGUCGAGGCCCCUUACUACCCAGGAGCCCUCCUCAUCAUCUCCAACUUUUACACUCGGACCGAAGUCGCCACCCGUAUCGCUAUUUUGUACACGGGCAACAUCCUCGCCACCGCCUUUGCCGGUCUCAUCGCCGCUGGCAUCUUCCAGCUCGACGGCAAGCUCGGAUUCGCUGGUUGGCAGUGGCUGUUUAUCAUUCAGGGCUCGGCUACAGGCGUGGUCGCGAUCUGCGCGUACCCCUUCCUGCCCGAUUCUCCCCUCAACACCCGUUGGCUCACUCCGGACGAGCGACAGUUCGCCCAUGACCGUCUCCAGCGCGACAGGGUCGACUCUCACGAGCCUGGAUCAGUCUGGACCGGUCUCCGUCAGGCCGUGUCGGACCCGCGCGUCUGGCUCUUCUGCCUCAUGCAGAACCUCCAUCUCUCUGCCAAUGGGUUCAAGAACUUCUUCCCCUCCGUCAUCGAGACCCUCGGCUUCAACCAAAUCAUCACCCUCGUUCUCACCUGCCCCCCUUACCUCAUCGCCGGCAUCUUUUCCAUCACCGUCUCCCUCACCUCGGGCAAGUACAAUGAACGUACUUGGCACAUCACCGCCUGCAAAGCCAUCGCCAUCGUCGGCUUUGCGCUUGCGCCGGCCACGCUCAACGUGGGGGUUCGGUACUUUGCCAUGUGCGUCUUUACCAUCGGGACGUACGGUGUCAACUCCAUCAUCCUCGGUUGGGCGGCUACGGUCUGCUCGCAAUCCCUCGAAAAGAAGGCCGUAGUCAUUGCCAUGAUGACUUCCAUCUCGAACGCCUCCUUCAUCUACACUCCCUACCUCUUCCGCAACGACGAUCGUCCCCGGUACACUAUCGCCAUGUCGGCUAUGGCUGGGUUCUCGCUCCUCUGCGCUCUUUGCGCUUGGGGGAUGAGGUUUGUCCUGAUCAAGCAGAACAGGACUUUGGCGGCAACUGGGGCGCCGACCAAGUAUCCUUACUAG